AGCGCCCGCACGUGCACGUGUCUCGCAAACAUGGCAGACCUACAGAUGAAACUCCUUCGGAAGAAAAUUCAAAAAAGAACUGAAAAAAACAAGAAACGGAAGUUGUUAGAGAAACAGACUGAAGAAGUGAAUGCCGACAACGGAGGAUGUGCCUGCGAUUUAACGGAAGAACUUGUUGUUGAAACGAGGAGGGAGCUGCAAUCAGUGGCCCAGAAGCUCUCAGAAACAAGGAAGGAAUGUGAAGAAGCUGCAGCUGAGCGCCAAAAAGCGGCCAGUGGGUCUCCCGUGAAGAGUAAGAAGAAAAGGAAAAUAAAGCGGGUGGAUGAGGCUGCAGGGAUUAAAAAGGCUAAAAAGGAGGAGUAUGAACUGCAGGAGAAUGGAGACAUGAUGGAGCAAGAGGAGGAAGAUGGUUCUCACAGAAGUCCCAGAGGUGCAGAACAAUCUGGACCGGGGUCCAGGAGCAGAGAGGUUCACAGCGUGGAAGGGGAAUCGGAGACUGAAGAGGAGAUGAGCAAGAAUGAUGACAAAGAGGAAGAAGAAGAGCAGCAGCUUCCACUAGGACUUACUGGUGCUUUUGAGGACACGUCCUUUGAAUCUCUGGCUGGGAUGGUGAGUGAGAACACCCUGAAGGGAGUGAAGGACAUGGGUUUCCAGCACAUGACAGAGAUUCAGCACAAGACCAUCCGGCCCUUGCUGGAGGGCAGGGAUGUCUUGGCGGCUGCUAAAACUGGAAGUGGGAAAACGCUGGCCUUCCUCAUUCCGUCAAUUGAGCUCAUUUACAAGCUGAAGUUCAUGCCCAGAAAUGGCACGGGGGUGAUCAUUCUGUCACCCACCCGAGAGCUGGCCAUGCAGACGUAUGGGGUGAUGAAGGAACUGAUGGCUCACCAUGUGCACACUUAUGGCCUCAUCAUGGGUGGCAGCAACCGCUCUGCAGAGGCUCAGAAGUUGGCCAAUGGCAUCAACAUUCUUGUAGCCACCCCAGGGAGGCUGCUAGACCACUUGCAGAACACACCUGGGUUCAUGUACAAGAACCUCCAGUGCCUGAUCAUCGAUGAAGCUGACCGCAUUCUGGAAGUGGGAUUUGAAGAGGAGCUCAAGCAGAUCAUUAAACUUUUGCCAAAGCGAAGGCAGACUAUGCUGUUCUCUGCCACGCAAACCCGCAAAGUGGAAGAUCUGGCCAGGAUCUCUCUGAAAAAAGAGCCUUUGUAUGUAGGUGUGGAUGACAACAAAGAAAAGGCAACAGUGGAUGGCCUGGAGCAGGGCUAUGUGGUGUGUUCUUCCGAGAAGAGGUUCUUGUUGCUCUUCACCUUCCUGAAGAAGAACCGCAAGAAGAAGCUCAUGGUUUUCUUCUCUUCCUGCAUGUCAGUCAAGUUCCACUAUGAGCUGCUAAAUUACAUUGACCUCCCUGUCAUGGCCAUUCAUGGUAAGCAGAAGCAGACAAAGCGAACCACCACCUUCUUCCAGUUCUGCAACGCAGACUCUGGUAUCCUGCUCUGCACUGAUGUGGCAGCCAGGGGCUUGGACAUCCCAGAGGUUGAUUGGAUCGUUCAGUAUGACCCUCCAGAUGACCCCAAGGAAUACAUUCACCGCGUUGGUAGGACAGCUCGUGGGAUUAAUGGAAGAGGCCACGCCCUCCUAAUCCUCAGGCCUGAGGAACUGGGCUUCCUUCGGUUUCUGAAACAAGCGAAGGUUCCACUGAGUGAGUUUGAAUUCUCCUGGAGCAAAAUAUCAGAUAUUCAGUCCCAGCUGGAGAAGCUCAUCGAGAAGAACUACUAUCUGCACAAGUCAGCACAGGAGGCAUAUAAGUCGUAUGUGCGAGCGUAUGACUCUCACUCCUUGAAGCAGAUCUACAGUGUCAACACCCUGGACCUCCAGAAGGUGGCGCUGUCUUUUGGCUUUAAAGUUCCUCCUUAUGUUGACCUCAAUGUGAACAGCAGCAAGGGAAUAAAGCUACAGAAGAGAGGUGGAGGCGGUGGCUUUGGCUACCAGAAGUCCAAGAAUGUGCACAAAUCCAAGAUCUUCAAGCAUGUGAGCAAAGGCAAGAGUGACAAAAGACAAUUUUCCCGCUAAGUGUAGGAGGAGCGCCUCAGUGUCAUCCAGGACCAAUAUGGAGAUGUAAUGCUUAUGGCAGCCCACUGCUGCAGGCUUCUUUCAGACAUGUUUGCAUUCUGUUUGUCAGUGACAGCUGUAUGUCUUUAUUGUGGCUUUCUUUCCCUUCCUGUUGUUCUGCUGGUUUAGGAAACAUGCAGUAAUUUCUCCUGCAUUUGUAUUCAUGAACUGUAAACAGAUUGUAAUAAAAAAAAAAACUGCCACCUGUUGGAUACCUGGGCCUCAAAUCAUUGCAACAGCAGAAACAACAGAUUCAGAACCUCAUGUAUACCACCUUGUUUGAUAGUGGGGGAAGGGGAAAGAGGCUUCCAAUUUCUGGUCAUAGCACCCUUAUCUAGAGGGAGUGUUUCAAGCUUCGAGAUCCAUAAGAUGACAGUGGCAAUUUUUUUCCUUUUUGCUUGCUAUGCCACCACGAUAGACUGGACGUGACACGUUUGUUGCUAUGAGGUAUUGUAUUGGCAUUGUUUUCAAAAUAAUUACGUAGCUAGGGGAACAUAAGGGGUUUAGUUAUAAGUUCUCACAGAUUGUAUGCAAUUACUUUGAACUUUUAAUUUUAAAGUUGUAACACAGGCAGAGUUAAAACAACUCAAGGCAAUGUGUAUUUUCAUAUAUGUCACAAGGUCUUCUCUUCAAAAUAUUAAUGUAGCUCUCAAAACCUAAAUUAGGUCACAUUGAGAUGUAGG